AUGAGACCAAUCUACCGUCUGAACAUCUUUCAAGUGUCCAUCUUAGCAGCGCUCUUCCUCAGGUUGGAAGCUGGUAGUGAAGAUUCAGACUGUGAUGUUGAUCUUAAAGUGGCCCGUGACACAGUUUAUGAAGCUGUCAUCGGAAAAGACCUCAGGAUUAACUGCACUGUUGUGCUCUGCGAUAACUCACUACCAACAGUCACCUGGUAUAAACAAGAGAAAACUGCUGUCCCUGUCGAUGUCAGCAGUCACAUUAAAACGAAGUGGGAACUUGUAAACCAUUCAGAAGGAAUAUCGUUUUUGAUCUUCCAAAAAAUAUUCAGUAACGACUCAGGUGCGUAUCAGUGUCAAAGUGGAGGCAGUGUGAGUCAUACCAUCAGCGUCUCUGUCCACGAUGAUGAUGGGCGUACCAAUGUUUCGGGGAUGAACAGCACAGAUGUCAAACUCACCACAGGUACAUGGAAGACUUUGGAACCAGAGAGUCCCACAGCUCAGGACACUUUCUGGCCAUGUGUGUACCGUGUUGUCGGGAUCAUGGCGUUUGUCAUCAUAGUUGUAGCUAUAUAUGUUGGAUCAAGAUGUGGAUGUAAAGGAAAAUCCAGGGACACAAGAGAUCUGAACCACCAGCCCUCCCGUGAUGCUGCCAGCACUCAGAUCUAA